AUCCCUGGGCGGCGCACGCAGGGAAGCGUCGCGCUCCGGCGCCGGUGCGGCACCGAGGGGUUUGACUGCGACCCCUGCGCGCGCGCGCCCCCACCCCCGCACCUCGCGCCCGCCAGCGCAGCGUGACCGGCAGCCGCCGCAGACCCGGCUCGGGGAGGCGCGGAGCGCGGCGCGCUGAACCGGAGAGGCGGGCGGACUGCCGUCUUGCGUCCGCCACGCUGUCCUCCCUCCUCCGCUCCCUGCGCCCCACCCCUGGCGGCCGCGCUGCCUGGCAUCCCGGGAAGCCGCGGCACAGCUGCUCUGAGCCCGCAGCUCCGCCGCUGGGACUGGCACCGAAGCGGGGGCGGCGGGAGCGCGGAGACCACAGCCCCCAGGGAGAGGCGGAGAGGGUCCCUGGCCUGGGCGGAGAGGCAGAGCUGAGUGCGCGCGAGAAAGAAGGCUGCACAGCUGCUCAGCGCGGACUCUGCCAGCCCCAGCGCCAGCCCCGGCUCAGGUCGCCGCAGCCCGGAAUCCUCCCCGCUUGCGCCCCAAGGCACGCGCGGCACAGCCAUGAACACCAACGAUGCCAAGGAGUAUCUGGCCCGGAGGGAAAUCCCUCAGCUUUUUGAGAGCCUUUUGAAUGGACUGAUGUGUUCUAAGCCUGAAGAUCCAGUAGAGUACUUGGAAAGUUGUUUACAGAAAGUGAAGGAACUAGGUGGCUGUGACAAGGUGAAAUGGGAUACAUUUGUCGGCCAGGAAAAGAAGACCUUACCUCCACUAAAUGGUGGACAGUCACGGAGAUCCUUUCUAAGAAAUGUAAUGCCUGAAAAUGCAAACUUUCCGUAUCGGCGGUAUGAUCGGCUCCCUCCAAUCCAUCAAUUCUCUAUAGAAAGUGACACGGAUCUCUCUGAGACUGCAGAGUUGAUUGAGGAGUAUGAGGUUUUUGAUCCUACUAGACCACGACCAAAAAUCAUUCUCGUUAUAGGUGGUCCAGGAAGUGGAAAAGGUACUCAGAGUUUGAAAAUUGCAGAACGAUAUGGAUUCCAAUACAUUUCUGUGGGAGAAUUAUUAAGAAAGAAGAUCCACAGUACCAGCAGCAAUAGGAAAUGGAGUCUUAUUGCCAAGAUAAUUACAACUGGAGAAUUGGCCCCACAGGAAACAACAAUUACAGAGAUAAAACAAAAAUUGAUGCAAAUACCUGAUGAAGAGGGCAUUGUUAUUGAUGGAUUUCCAAGAGAUGUUGCCCAGGCUCUAUCUUUUGAGGACCAAAUCUGUACCCCUGACUUGGUGGUAUUCCUGGCUUGUGCUAAUCAGAGGCUCAAAGAAAGAUUACUGAAGCGUGCAGAACAGCAGGGCCGACCAGACGACAAUGUGAAAGCUACCCAAAGGAGACUAAUGAACUUCAAGCAGAAUGCUGCUCCGCUGGUUAAAUACUUCCAGGAAAAGGGGCUCAUCAUGACAUUUGAUGCUGACCGUGAUGAGGAUGAGGUGUUCUAUGACAUCAGCAUGGCAGUUGACAACAAGUUAUUUCCAAACAAGGAGGCUGCAGCAGGUUCAAGUGACCUUGAUCCUUCGAUGAUAUUGGACACUGGAGAAAUCAUCGAUACAGGAUCUGAUUAUGAAGAUCAGGGUGAUGACCAGUUAAAUGUAUUUGGAGAGGACACUAUGGGAGGUUUCAUGGAAGAUUUGAGAAAAUGUAAAGUUAUUUUCAUGAUUGGUGGUCCUGGCUCUGGCAAAGGCACACAAUGUGAAAAGCUGGUGGAAAAAUAUGGAUUUACACAUCUCUCAACUGGCGAGCUCCUGCGUAAGGAACUGGCAUCAGAAUCUGAAAGAAGCAAAUUGAUCAGAGAUAUUAUGGAACAUGGAGACCUGGUGCCCUCAGGCAUCGUUCUAGAGCUCCUGAAGGAGGCCAUGCUGGCCAGCCUCGGGGACACCAGGGGCUUCCUGAUUGACGGCUAUCCUCGGGAGGUGAAGCAAGGAGAAGAGUUUGGACGCAGGAUUGGAGACCCACACUUGGUGAUCUGCAUGGACUGCUCGGCAGACACCAUGACCAACCGCCUUCUCCAAAAGAGCCAGAGCAGCCCGCAUGCGGAUGACACUGCCAAGACCAUCGCCAAGCGCCUGGAAGCCUACUACCGAGCGUCCAUCCCCGUGAUCGCCUACUACGAGACAAAAACACAGCUACACAAGAUAAAUGCAGAGGGAAUGCCAGAAGAUGUUUUUCUUCAACUCUGCGCAGCUAUUGACUCUAUUUUCUGAAGGCGAAAAUGCACGUUUGUUAAAGUGGAAACAGAUAAAAACAUUAAAAAUUUCAUUCCUUUCAA